UUGCCUCGAAGAAGCACCUUGCUGUUGUCUCGAAAUGUCGAAUUUGUUCUCAAAUGAACAAGGCGAAGCUCGACGGCAGGUCCUACAUGACUGAUUGUGUAGUCAUUCUCCAAUGUAGAAGUGCGGGCUGGAAGAUAUGCUGACAGUGUCGUCGCAUCGUUGACAUUGCAUUCCUCGCCUGCAGUACAGCGCGAGCAGCAGCUGAUUUCAGGAGCUGCACUUUGAUCUACGCUGAGAAGUUUCUCAGCAAAUCGACAGUCUCUCUAUCACCAGGUACAUGAGAGUCUACUUCUAGCUACAAAUCGCUGCUAUCACGAUGACCAGUCCGCCAACGAAUCCCGAUUUUCCGUUCAGAGAGGAAUUCGCGGUGGCUAAGCUGAAACCAGCCCUGGCAAACGCCGCCUGGCUUGUUACUUCACCCUUUGUUCCUAACGCGGUGUUAGUCGGAAUACACUUUAUCCUUGCCGCCUUCGGCGUGGUCAUCAUGAUACUGUCUGGAAUCAAUGAGGGAGGCCCGAAAUGGUUUGUCUUCCUCACCAACUGGGGCUACACGCAUAUUGUUCUCAGCUUCAUCGGAUUCACAGCCCUGGGAAUCCGGCAGCUACGGCUGCGCAAGAGCCUGAUCAGUCAGAAACAGAGCGCGGUAGAGGUGGACAUGGCUCUGGCCGAAUGGCACUGGUACCAUAGCAUGUUGCAGGUCAUCUAUACCAAUGCCCUGGACCUGAGCAUAAUGAUCACGAUCCUCUACUGGACGCUGCUGAAGCCGAAGGGCACGUUCCUGGACAUCUGCGUGCAUGCCCUGAACGCCGUCAUGACUCUCCUGCAGCUGUUCCUGUGCAACGUCAAGCUGAACCUGCUGCACUUUGUAUACCCGAUGACCUGUGCGGCGGUCUAUCUCAUCUUCUCGGCUGUCUACACCGUCCUGGGGGGUAGGAACACCGAAGGAGAGCCGUUCAUCUACAGCACUCUGGACUGGAACAAUAAGCCGACCAGCGCAGCCCUCCUUUCCGCAGGUGCCUGCUUCUUGGGCGUGCCCGCCAUGCACGGCUUGGCGUACGGCAUCAUGAGGGCACGGGUAGCAAUCGCACGCCGUAGCUACGGCCCUGCUACGGCCAGUCCUGAGUCACACGCAAUGGACAAUGUCGUCUGACAUGCUAGGGCGUACACGGUACCGCCGACGCUGUGCUCUGUGGUCAUGUGACCAUGCUAGGCCGUCCAGCACCAAUGCAGGUCUGUGCUCACAUACACUGGGCAGUCACGUCUGCAAGUUGCGCAAUGUCUCGCAACAUUGCACGACCACAAAUAUCAAUAUCUCCGUAUUUGGAAAACUGUUUAAUUUGGUAGCUGGUGAUUCUACUAGCUGUGGUGAUUGAGCCAGGCUACUGCCAGUGCACAUGAAGCAGCCAAAGUAGACAAGUCAUACACGACAUGUAUCCAUGCAGUAUACUUACAUUUGAUUUUUUAUCGCAGUAGGACGGAAGCGAUAUUGUGUUUCCAAAUUCAGAAGAUACAGAUGCUGUAAUCCAUGCUCUAGCCUACUUUUUUUACUGAAUUUUUUUAAAAUCUUUCCCUAGCAUUUUACUUAUUGUCUGUAAACUCAAACAUACAUGUAAGCACAUAACUUAGCACAUUAUAUCUGUGUAGACAUUACAUUUGGUAUUACUAUCAGUACUAUUAGUAGAGAUCAAGUAACCAUAGCGACGGGUUUAACUCUCGCUGCUCGGGUUUUGGAACGUAACAAUGUCUUUGCUGCGCACAGACUGAACAGUUACCAUGGUUACACACGCUGCUUUCUGACAUGUUGUACACCAGAUGGUGCUUUUUACUUCAGUGUGCAACGGCAUGUUCAAUUUUUAAAAUUUUUUAAAUAUAUUAUUAA